UAAAAUUUAUCCCAUCUAUUUAAUUAGGUGAUAUAUUGGUACACUAUGCAUACAUAUUAUAUACCUACAUUGUUAGAUACGUCGUAUUUUCUAUUGAUAAUCAUACGUUCACACACGAAAAACGACAUUGGACUUCUAUUCGUGUUAUACGGCUUAUGUUCAAUUUUAGUUAUUACCGUUAUUUUAUUAUCGCUUAAUUUGUUGAAAAUUGUAAUUCGCACUCCCAACSGGCGCUAAGACUAAUAACGUGCCGGUCCCACGCCGGUUGGGCACACGACCAACACUUGUUACGCCGGUGGCCGCACACACGUGCCCCACGCGGGGAUGGUAGCGACAUCUGGCCACCCGGCCGUCGUGCUUGGUCGUUGCGCGCUGCGGUCUAGGCGUCGCUGGCGUUCGUCACAGCCUUCGUCCAACACUGGCUAAGGCUAACCGUGGCGGCGGCGGCGGCUGGUAUUCGACGUGUGUUUCCUUGGUUACCCUAUGGCAGCGCUCAUCCCGGCCACCACUUUCUCGUCCUGUCAUUCUACCAACCGUCAUUUCCACCCUGCCACUCCGCCAACGCACCUAUUAGCCGCCACCAUCGAUCCACCGCGAACCAAAAGCUCACAGACGCCGUGCUAGUCCGCAAAACACCGUCGCCGAAACGCCAUGCACGUGCGCGCGCGUCCGUUUCGACCACAUUUGAUGUUUUGAGUUUUGGUCAUCGUCGUUGUCGUCGAUCCGCGUACGUCUUCACGAUUAAUUGUCGCCAGCGUGAAGCGAAUUAUUGUAGUAAUUUGUCAACAAUCAAAAUUGUAAUAAAUUCAGUAAAAUCGCUCUUGUCCGGGACGCGCGCGCGCAAUCGUGUCGUUGUCACCGUCGCCGUCGCACUCGCGAGGUUUCUGUCGUUUCUGACAUCGGAACACAUAUUACUAAUAUUAUAAUCAUAAUUAUUAUUAUUAUAUUAUCUUACUGUUCGUCGUUUGAGAAACCUUAGCGCUGUAGUUGUUGGUAUGCACGUCAGAAUAGUUUUUGAUUCCGUCAUAAAUUAUUGCAAUAAAUGAUAUAGGAAAUUGACAAAAAUAUGUUCGCAAUUUACGUUUUGGACGUCUAAAUAACACCUACCACGCAUCGAACGUAUAGCGGCAUGCCAUUGUCUUCUGCUAGUAGCUGUGGUGGUACUCACGUUUGUGUUAUUAUAUUAUGGUAACGAGAACUAGAUGAUCUUAAAUGGGUGUAACGGUUAAGAGCCUGUGGCGCGGUGAUUAUGGUAGUGAACAAAUCUGCGGGCGGUCGUACGCUAUCGCUAAGUACAACUGCCAACGGCACUGCUGCAGCGGUGGCGGGUAAUCUACAGUCCGGCGUACCGUUUCUGCCCAAAAGCCCAAGCUUCCAUAGUGGUUUGGAUUUGCUUGCUAGCCGUGAAAGAUCUCCAAUCAUUAUGUUUUGCGAUCCAACAAUGCACUUGCCCAGGCUUCACGAAGCCAAUGCAUCUGAAAGAGAACAGUUGCUUAUUCAGAAAAUGCAACAGUGCUGUGUGUUAUUUGACUUUAUUUCUGAUCCACAGUCUGAUCUAAAAUGGAAAGAAAUCAAGCGAGAAACAUUACAUGAAAUGGUAGACUAUUUGUCAUCUAAUCACGGUAAUGUGCUUACUGAAGCUAUAUAUCCCGAAGCUGUAAGAAUGUUUGGAGUAAAUUUAUUUCGUAGCCUGCCUCCAUCAAGUAAUCCCAAUGGUGCAGAGUUUGAUCCAGAAGAAGAUGAACCUCUAUUAGAAGCAGCCUGGCCUCAUUUGCAACUGGUAUAUGAGUUCUUUCUUAGGUUUCUAGAGUCUCAAGACUUUCAGCCCCAUGUAGCUAAGAACUACAUUGAUCAGAAAUUUGUUCUUCAGUUGUUAGAACUAUUUGAUUCAGAAGAUCCACGAGAGAGAGACUUUUUGAAAACUAUACUGCAUCGGAUUUAUGGUAAAUUUUUAAGUUUGCGAGCAUACAUACGAAAACAGAUAAACAACAUAUUUUAUAGUUUUAUAUAUGAAACAGAACAUCAUAAUGGCAUUGCAGAGCUUUUAGAAAUAUUAGGAAGCAUUGUCAAUGGUUUUGCAUUGCCUUUGAAAGAGGAGCACAAAGUAUUCUUGCUAAAAGUUCUACUACCAUUACACAAAGUGAAAUCUUUAUCUGUGUAUCAUCCACAAUUGGCUUAUUGUAUUGUGCAGUUUCUUGAAAAAGAUCCAUCUCUUACAGAACCAGUUAUCAGAAGUUUGUUAAAGUUUUGGCCAAAAACACAUUCCCCAAAAGAAGUUAUGUUUCUUAACGAAUUAGAAGAAAUUUUGGACAUAAUUGAACCACUGGAAUUUCGAAAAGUCCUUAAGCCAUUAAUACAUCAAUUAGCUAGAUGUGUCUCUAGUCAACAUUUUCAAGUUGCAGAGAGAGCACUUUACUUUUGGAACAAUGAGUAUAUUAUGUCACUAAUGUCUGAAAAUGUUGAUGAAAUUUUGCCAAUCAUGUUUCCAGUGUUAUACAAAAAUUCUAAAACUCAUUGGAAUAAAAAUAUACAUGGUCUAAUGUACAAUGCAUUAAAAAUAUUUACUGAAACUAAUCCUGUACUAUUUCAUUCGUGCACACAACAAUUUAAAGAAGAUAGGAAGACUGAAAUGGAAAAGUUAAAAAAACGAGAUGAAAAGUGGCAUCGAGUUGAAGAGUUGGCUAAAAGGAAUCCCAAUUUUACAGUAUCUAUUGAUAAUAGUUUGUCAUUUUAUACUGACCUUGCAAGGUCACCAAUUAACGACUUAGACCCGACUAUUGAUUUGAAAACUUUGGAAGAGGAUACCAAGUAUCAUAUCGAUACAGAUAACCGUAAAAAUCGAAAAGAAAAACCUUUAUUGAGGCGUAAAUCUGAAUUACCACAUGACACAUACACUUUGAGGGCAUUAAAUGAUCAUAAGAGAGCCGAUGAAUAUCUAGCUACACCACCUGAUGUUAAUAAAUGCUAGCCAAUUGUUUCAAUUGUGAURACCAUUUUAUUUCUAUAUAAAGAGUCUAAACAACUAAGGUGAAUUCAUUAUUUUGAUUUAAUAAUAUUAUUUUUAUAAGUAAUUUAUGUCAAACUUAUAUUAUGUUAUUUUCAU